AUAAUUUUGUCUUUAUAUUUCUUUCCAACUAGGUAUAAAGCUACCUAGUUUGAGCUGUGAUUUUCAAUAAAAUUGGAGUCAUAUGUCUGUCUGUUUCUUUCAUCACAUGAAACUAUAGAAUAUAUAAAGUCCUUAAUAUUGGGGCUUAAUCUUUCUCAAGAUUAAAUUCUCUUUCAAAUUUAUGUUUAUUCAUCACAUUCUUAUUUCCAAGUAGAUAACAUCACAGAGCAAGAUUCAAGUGAGUAUUCAUAUAGCCGACCCCAACUUGGUUGAUAUUGAUCAAUGAAACAAGUGGAUACGAAUAUGAGUGAGCUUGGUUCAGAAAGAUCAAAUCCAUGGAACAAUAUUCACACAAGUUCAGAACCUAGUCCUUCCCAAACACAAGUAAACAGAGAAGGACAAUGGAAGAAUUUCGGGACAUCAAUGGAUGCUAUUUCUUUUGGCUUUGUUGCUACAGCUAUACUCAUAUCCAUGUUUCUCAUCAUGGCCAUAUUUGAACAUCUCUUCAAGCCUAGCCCCCCUUUCUCUUCGCCUCUAGGUAGUAGUAGACACAGUUCCUUGGGGUUGGGGCCUCUUCAGAAACGCGCAAAUUCACAAACAGUACCAACGCGAUAUUCAUCGGAUUAUACAGUUGUGAUGCCAGGACAACAGUAUCCUACCUUCAUUGCCAAGCCAACUCCACUGGCUUGUCCAAGGGAAGGGGUUUAUUGGCCUUCCCAUGAGCAUAGUUUUCCCUUCUCUUAAUGAUCCUAAAAGACUAAUUAUUGUAUUAUCAUAUUUAUGAAUCCUAAUGUGACCAUCAAAAAAGUUCACCAAUUGCAGAAUCUAUUACUCUCUCACCAUGCUCAAACCUGUAAAAUUAGCUGUCCGGCGAAAACUGAAGUUUUGCACAUUGGGAAGAAGGAAAAUGAGAGGGUGACAUUCAUUGUUUUUGUGUGAUAUAUUUGUUUUUUUGCUUUGUAUAUUGACUGAGUUCCCCUCUUUCUGUAUUGUCUUUUCCAAUAUGUGAGAUGUGGGGAUGGUCUGGGAAGUUCAGUAGGUUAAGUUUUUAGUUUGUUGCUUUGAAGUAAGCUUAUUUUACCAUGUAUUGCUUUACCAGUCUUUUGACUAUUGAGCUAUGCACUUCUUUCUACUUCCCG